GGCGACACGAAAGGUGCCCGAAUCUACACAGACUAUCAAGACACCGGCCAAAGAUGUCGACCACCGACAACUCGUUGGACCGAUACAUCGGGGAAACCGUCCCUUAUUCUUUCCAUAUCGGCUUCGUGAUCUUGAGCUACGCCAUCAGCGCCCUCGGGGCCGGCUCGACUCUCGAGCUACUCCACCGGCGGACCUCGCUCAAGGGAACCUAUAAUCUUCUUUUCCUCGUCAGUGCGGCCAUAUCGAUGCAAGGCAUUGCAAUAUGGUCCAUGCAUUUCAUCGCAAACCGGGCAAUCACGUUGUUGAACGGUGAGCCGGAGCUGCAAAUCGUUUACUCGGUUCGCACCACAGUUGCGUCGUUCUUCGUACCAGUCGUCGUUCUGCUGAUCGCAUUUCUCGCGGUAAGCAUCAACGAAGAUGUUCGAUGGUGGCGCGUCUGUCUGGCAGGCUUGCUCUCAGGUAGCGCUAUCUGUGGCAUGCAUUACCUCGGCGAUGCAUCUAUCAGCAACUACCGCUGCAGUUACAACACUGCAAACGUGGUCGGUGCCGCUGUCAUCGCCGUCUCCGCUAGCACAGGCGCACUGUCGCUCUUUUUCGUGUUCAGGAACGCCUGGACCAACUCGACGCUGAGGAGAAUUUGUUGCGCCUUCAUCCUCGCGGGCGCCGUGUCUGGAAUGCACUGGUGCGCUGCCUUGGGAACGAGAUACACGUUGCGACAUGUACCGGAUUCGGGCGAGAGCAACGCUUCGAGGAACACCACUGUCAUAGCAGUCGUCUGUCUGUCUGUCGCCGCGUCCUGUGUCAUGAUUACCACCGCAGUUUGUACAGCGAGGACGAGGAAGCGAUAUGCCGCAAAGGCACAUCAGAUCGUAUUGGCUGCCGCCGUGUUCGACGGUCGGGGUAGGAUCCUUGUCAGCCCAGAUGGCCUGCUGCCCAGCGAGACGAUCACGGAGACGGUCCCCCAAAAAUCAGCGGACGAUAUCUUCAGUACGGCCCACCCGCUCUUCCACUGGAUGUACAGGGCGUCUCGUAACUGGUCGAAUGUUGCGACCCUGCUCGACUGGAUGAGGACUCACUUGGACCGACUGCCCAACGGUGGCGGCCGCGGCAUGAGGUCCGUUAAACUAGUCCAGGAGAAUGGCCAACUUGUCCAAAACUCCGACAUGAUAAUUCGCGAGCUGUUCUGCAUGGCCGCGUCGACCCCGUCGUACAGGUUGGGCGAGGUCCUCGCCAAUGCUGGGGCGCUCUGGGACGAGAUUUUUGUCACAGGCACUGCCGGUGAACCGCGGCCGCUCGCCAGGCUUGGGACCACCAUCGAAGACGCCCAAGCCCGACACGAUCUGCUCGAAACAGGGAUAAGGCAAAGCCAGGACCUGAUCGGCCGGGGUUGCCUGCUGUUCUUGGUGCGGCACCUUAGUGCACCUCAUGAGAUCGCCAGGCUAGAAGCUUCCGGGCUCCGGUUCGCCGAGCCACGCCGUGUCGUCGACAUCAUCCGAUCAAGCAUGCAAAUUAGGACGAGGCGGCUUGAGGAGAGACUGCUUGACAUGGCCACUUACGAAGAAAACAAGGCCGAAGUUGAGCCCGGAGUUUACCUCGGCAUCUUUGCUCUACGGGCUCGGCUGGACCGAUUCGGAUUUGACGUGCUGGUCAACAGAGAGUCGCGAAACGCUCUCCCAAUGGUCCCGUUACCUUUGGAGAAGCUUCAACGAUGGCACCAUGACUUCCUCCGCAACCUCGACGGGAUGGCCGUUCCCACGCUGCUUCGACAACUGGAUCUUAUGAAGGGCCGCUCGCUGCUUGAGGACCAGUUUGCCGCCCAGCUUCAAGGAGGAAUCUCCACCCUGCAGAACGAGAUCGACCUCCAAGUGUGCGAAGAGGCGUCGCUUUCGGCCAGGGUCGUUCACAUACCCUGCCGAUCGCUUAGUGGCCCAUCAUCAGGUCCAAACACCUGUCCGCUCAUCACCCUGCAGGUGAUCCUGAGCAUCAACGCCACUGUGCGUAGCCAGCUGGGCACAUUUGUGCCGUUUCAGUUACUCAACGUGCGCCAGCUGGUACGCAAUCACUCGCCACACCACGGCGUGUUCGGCCGCACCUUGCACCGCGAGAUGUCAGCCCUUCUGUCGUCGCUGCCGCCUGUGUCGGUCGAAAGAUUACGCAUCGUCGGCGCGUCCCACCACAGCUCAUCAUCUCUUCAUGUGUGCAACUGUGGCUUCGGCGGCGGCAAGUCCGAUGACGAGCUUGGCCUAACCGAGAACCCCUGCACCGGCUGCGGACAGCCAAGGCAGCUCGAUCCCCCGCCACUUCCGGACCAACAGCCUGGGCAGCAGCCGGCGAUAUCGUCAACAACACAGCCGUCGCUGUUUGGGGGGAUCAUGGUAUCCCAGGAGAUUAUGGUGGACGUGCAGGAGGCCAACCAGGAGAACUUAACCCCCUCCGACGGGGGGUUACCGUCGCGGCCGAGUUCUGCAGGUGGUAGCCAGCGCAUAGUGGCUGGGACCCCGAAACGAAACGUCUUAAUAACGGAGAAACGUGGCGGCUCAGGGCGAUCAAGGCUGGACCCGUCGAUCGAGAUGAAUCAUCUUACCCGUGCCACGUCAGCCGAGUCGGCAGGCCAGGGACGGACUGUCGGCGCAUGGAACGUGGAGGCGGCUGCGGAUGAGGAGACGACGUUUCUGGAUGAGCUUUUCACGACAUGUGUCAAAAGGCGGCCUUGA